AUGCGGAGGAUUAUUGCUACCUUAGCCAUUGUGGCCUCUCUCCUAGCCUUUGUUGAGGCCCAGAUCUGCAAGGAGUGCCAGACGUCCAACGAUGUCUACUGCCACAACCAGACCUCGUAUCAAAACUGCAUGAAAAAUGCUGCCUUUGGAGAUAUUGUGAAUUGUCCCACCGGCACCGUUUGCUCUAAUUCCGUGGAUGUCUGUGUGGACAAGUCAUUGGUGGAUGGCUCCACUGUCGUGGAUGUAUGUGGCACCUCGGCAAGUUGUCAAGCGUGUCUUUCCAACAACAAGUACGCUUGUGUCAGCCAGACUCAGUUUGCUCGGUGCUCCUCCAGCGGAGUCAUCUUAAGCUCCAGUGUCUUCAGUUGCGAUGAGGGCGAGAUUUGUAUUCUGGCAGGAUUGGCCAAUUUUAACAACAUCUGUGUGCCCUCUUGUGCUGCUGAUUUUGUGGGACUGACGUCUACCUGUAGCAACAGUGAAUACGAGCCGAGCAGCACGACCUCAACCUCCUCUCCGGCCACCACCCCCAGCACUUCAGUGCAAGCCGACGGAUGCACUGCAGCAGCGAAUGCCGAUUCGAGCCUUAGUUCCGCCACAUAUUUCUUCACGUCUUACACAGCGGAUGCUACCUGCCGUAGUUACCUGUAUUGCCAACGUGCCACUACCGGUUGGACCACAGUAUUCCUAUCCUGUUCCGGUACCAAGCCAUAUUUCGAUCCGACCACCUCUAAUUGUGUGGCAACUAAGCCUAAUGGAUGUACUUAA